AUGUUACUACGUAGUCAAUGUCUUGAUGUGUUUGUGGAUGUGAAUAACACUUUUUACUGUUGUUUGGAUGGUGAAAAUAAAGUUAUUAAAAUUUCACUUAAUAACAAGUCAAGUUCAGUAUCGUUAGUCGCAGGCAACGGAACCAGUGGAAAUUCAUCAUAUUUACUUAACAAUCCCAACGGUAUUUUUGUUGAUGUCAAUCGAGAUCUAUACGUUGCGGACAGAUCAAACAAUAGAAUUCAGUUGUACCGGCAAGGAAGUUUGAAUGGAACGACGAUAAAUGUUACUGGUGCAUUAACACCUGCUGGAUUGUUAAAUCCCAGCGGAGUUACACUUGACGGUGCCGGUUAUCUUUUUAUUGUUGAUCGCGGUUAUAACAGACUUCUGGCGUCAGGAUCGAAUGGCUUUCGAUGUGUAGCAGCGUGUUCUUCAACUGGUACCAGUGGUUCAGAAAGCAGUCAACUCAAAGACCCGCAAAAAAUUUUGAUUUUCUAUUUAAUAAAUAAUGCUAGUCAAACGACAACAACAACAUCCACAUCCACGACAUCCGUAACAUUCAUAUCGAUGACAUCAACAACAUUAACAAUAACACGAGUAACAGCAUUAUCAAUACAAACAGCACUAAUGUCAACAAGCUGCACACUUCAAUCUUCAACAGACGUUCAUUCAUCAGAUAUUGCAUCAAUAUAUAGUUUUUCGACAGAUAAUGCGAUUACAACGACCAAAUCUGGUAUUACGUCGAUAACGCAUUACAAUCGUCGGUUUUUUUUGUCAAUGUCAACAGCACCAUUUUUUAUUGCUCCUUCGUGCUCUAAUACAACAAACAUCGGUCUCUAUUGCAAUAUAUCCAGUUCUCACUGUUCCAUGCUGGAUCCGUGUAGAAACAACGCAACUUGCAAUAACCUAACGAACAGUGACCAAGGGUACGUUUGCUCGUGCCCAGCCGGUUUCAACAGUACACAAUGUCAACUCAAUUAUCAAUCUUGUAAACCAACAACUUGCUUAAACAAUGGUGCACAUUCUCUUCUCUCCUCAUCAAAGAAACGCACUUGA